AUGACUUCUGAAGAGCAAUUCCAGCAGAUAUGUCGCAUAAAUCAACUGUUACCUUACGCGAGCAAGUUGGAGGCCUACUCCGACGCCGCCAGAAUGGGCUUGCGGGCGACACUUGUGCGUCUUAUUUCUUCUAGUUCUUACCUCUCUCAGAGUCCACACACCCUCGAUUUUCUCGAUAGCUAUGUGGACUUGUUUGGAUGUCGUUUCACAAAGGAGGAGUAUCUGGCCAUCUUUAAAUUUGGUCUUGGUCUUGGACUCUGCCCACAAACGGACCCAAAAGAUGCCGUUGCCUGGUUAAAUUUUAUCACUAAGAUUCUCAAGUGUUGCAGCUGGACUCUCACCAGCCAAGACCUCCAGCUUAACUGGAGGGACUUUAAAAACGCACUCACUAGAAUCCCUGGCUCUAUGGAUGUGAGAUACUGCAAAGAAAAGUUCAAGUUCUUUCCCGUUUCGUGCGUCGCCGAGAUCUGGAACGAAUACCGGGCGAAGAUUUUUUCUGCAGCACUUUCCGGUCCAUAUGAGAAGCUAUUCCAGCCCCUCGUCGCCUAUACGCCCUUCAUGCCGCACACAUUCGACGAAAUAAGGCGUGUAUGGUUGGAUGACAUUUUUCACAUUUGGUACAAGUUCGCCGAUAACCACGAUCUUAACCGGGAGGUGAUUCCCUUGCUCGGAUUGCUAGCCCGGUCCUGUCCCGGAAGGAUCGACUGGGAGCCCCACCUUGAUCGCGUCUUUAAUGGCAUCGUGUACGAUCUCUGCGUUCGUGCACCGGCGAGUCCUGGCGACCUCAAAAAACGAGAAAUUGCUUUACUCCAUGGUUACGCCUACCUCGUUGUGUACUCCAUUUCUCCUGGAUCGACCACUUUCAAAAGAAUGCGCGAUCUUUUCACGGUCUGUAAAAGCAUGUUCCACCCCUCGAUGGACAGCAGCUCGAUGUUCGCUUUUGCCACCUUUUGUGUUUAUCUACUUCUCGUCAUGGUGUCGCGGCUUCGCAAGGAAUUUAGUCGAUGUCCCCAAAACAGGGCCCUCUAUGGUGAAAUACCUACCUGGCAAAAUUUGACCCGGGAGCAAGUGGAUGACUUUGUAGACAUCCUCCUGCCGAUCUGCCUCGACGCGAACCUCUAUGCUCGCAAUUCGAAUGCUGUACAAAUAGCGCUUUGCUCGACACAUCUUCUGGCCUCUCUGCGGCCAGGCCUCUUCUUCCCCCGCCUUCUCGCAGCCCUCGAGUCGGGUUUCGAGUUGCCCGAACUGCCGAUGCGUGUCACGCGACCCCUGAUGGUUCUCUCUGAGACUUGCUCCGCUGCCACGUCACUGAACAUGGUCAUGGCGUGGAACCCCCAUGAGAUGGGGCGUCAUCCCUCCGACCAGCCUCAGUAUCAAUUAGCUCCCGGAGAGAUACCACCACAACAGACACCUGAACAGCGCCAAUUUCUUACCUCCCACCUGUCCUCUCUGCUCUACGCUGACGGUCGGGGUGAUGUGGCGCGGAUUUUACGCUGCUGCGUUGCUGGCAUCGACGUCAACGACACCGAACGUCUAACCGCUAGUCUUAAGGCCCUCGGCGAGUUAUUUUUGAGGACACCAAUGCAGGAUUUCUCAGAUGUUUGCCUUCCAAACAUUUCAGAAAGACAGAAUUCACCAUUUCUGCAGACUAUUUCGUCGACUCUGCAACCGCACUUUGCAGCUAGUCGAAUCGCACUGGCCAGCCUCGAAAUCGAGGAUUUGGCAAUGCAGGUUUACGCUCGUCUGCUUCAAUGCAUGAUUAGCGUGAACGAGACUGCGCACCUCCACAUGGACGCCAAAGAGGGUCACCACGAUACGGAGCAAGUGCUGACAUCUAAGACAAACGAUUCACGUCUUCUCUGUAGCUUAACGGGGGUGGCGGUGGCCCUUGGCCUUUCUGCCUCUCCUGCUCCGCGUCUCCGCGUGCGACUCGUCAAGCUGCUCAUUGACGCACUUUUUGCCAACCAUUGGACGCGCACCAGCGCCCGCCUCCUCAACUACCAGCUCAUUUGGCUAAUCAGCGGUCGACGCGGCAUUGAAGCGGGAAAGGAUGAGGCAGACGUCGCCCUGUUUGCUGUACGAGAAUUUUGGCCACGUUUCUUCCAACUCUUCCAGGAGCUUGACAAUGAAAACUGCAUUACUUGUCUUGGCAAAGCGGAACCACGUUUACUUGCCCUGCUUUGUGUCCUGCCGGCCUAUGUUUGUGCGCUUGUGCCUUCACAUCUCGCCCAAGCUUCUCAGGAGUUCAUCUACCCUCUUAUUGACGUACUCUCCCGCCUUUUAACCAUAUCUAUUGGCGCUGAGGGUCAAAUACAACCUUGCCAUGAUCUCGCGGUUUCUGCCUCCAUUUGUGCGGGCGUUCUGCUCCACCGUCUUGUGGCUUUUUCGAUAAAUUUGGACCACGUGGAUCUCCUCAACACCCACCCGCAAAGUCCGCCUUCCGAGUCUGCGUAUCUCACUAAUCCCUUGUGGUCUCCCUAUGUGACCUGGCGUGACAUGCUCCGAACGUCUUUCUGGAAUCAACCGACCCCCGAGUCCUUUGCUGUAGCUGAGCACGUCGUUCGCAGGCUGCUUCUUCCGACUCUGGCGAAAGUUUCUGAGGCCACUGAAGAAUUGAAGUUCUACAUUGGUGAUGAGGGGGGCGUGGAGAAACUGCCCCAGCUCCCCCAAACAUCGAGUCAAUCAUCGACUUCUCUGCAACGCCAGUUCCUUGUCGACCUUGUCACCUGGGUGCACAUGAUUUCUGCUGGGCUGUGUGAGGCUCUCAAGCCGAGAAAAGUUACUCAAGCAGACGUAAAAUUUGUAAGGCAAGUGUGCACUGAGCUGGAGUUGGGUCGGGCUGAGGUAGUUACGGUGCCGAAACAUGCUGGUGGUGAUGAUGUUAAUCUGGACUUUCCCUGGUUUGAUGUGCCUGUCGACGCAAAUGGAACCUGUCUCCGGGAGCACAUUUUCCGUGUUGGCCUUGGCUUGUUGGAUGUGUUUGGAAAACUAUGCAGCAAGUAUGACAUUCUCGUUGCUGAUUCUUCAACUCAGUCAAACGGCGAGAGCGUUAUUAGCAGCCUGUUUACCCAACAAGGUCUCGACCACCUCACCGACACUGUUUUUGCGGCUUGCUUCAACAUUUCGUCCUGCGAGUCCAGCCCCUCCCACGUCUUAUUGAAUUCAAGGCUGUGUUUCAUUUUAAAAGCCAAUUUGGGCGUGAAUUCCGGCACAUCUCUCUGCGACGCUACAAACGAAGAAAAAAACAACGUCUUGCCCUCGCUCGUGUACUGCGCCGGCACCCCGCAGGCCUUGCUGGAGGCCUACGAAAGGGGCGAUGCACCCUCCACGCAGUGUGGCGGGGGAAGCUGCUACCUGGCCGGAUUCUUGCCCAUAGCCUGGCUUGCUCGAGCGCAUAGAAGGCACGUGUCAUUUGUAGGCCUUGCUCUCAACCGAGCUGCCGUGUGGCCGGGUUUUGAGGCGGCAGCUCUGGUGAGCUUCACUCAGAUGCCAGCAAGUCCCGACUACCUUCUGCUCAUGGAGGUCUGCGCGCAAUUGUCCUUGGCGUCUAAUAACGCUAAGGCCACUUGUAUUGCACCGGAGGCACUCGAUGAGCAUUUGGGCCUUCGGGUGCCGGGAGCGGCGUCUUUGGUAAUCCAGCGCGCAGUUGACGUGCUUAAAGAGCUUUUUAAUCGUUCAUUUCUCGCCGACAAUGAGUUAAUAUACCGUACUCAGCUACAACGCCGCCAGAAAGCUUUCGUCCUCCUUCUUCACUGCAUCCACGAUAGUAAAAUAUUUGUUGAACUCCGCAAUAUUAAUCCUUUGCUUUGGUCCCGGGCCUGGGUGGCCAUGGGCAAGACAGCGGCUUUCACCGCCAUAACUGCCUCAGGUUCUCCGUCACCGUCUAAGAAACGUUCACUUCCUCACGUUCUCUCGCAGACCCAACUCACCCAACGCUACAAUGACCAAGAAGACUUGAGUCAGUCAUUCAUCUGGAUCUUUGAAGAAAUCGACGGUAGGACCAUCCAUCUACACUUCCCCACCUCCUUUGAAGUGGACUAUCAUCCACGGAAUUCUAGCCUUCGGUGUCUUCUUGGUUAUGCUCUUGAACUACUCGAUGUGCUCGGAGGAUCAAGAUCUGACGUGGUCAAACAGAAUCCAUCUCUGCUGGUUCUAAGUACUUCACUGCGUCGAGAGGCUUAUUCUUUCCUCUGUAGGGGCCUCUUUUCUGAGUGUAUUGAGCCCAUAGACAUGAUGGCGAAUGCUGCGAUGGUUGAACGCGUCCUCAGGUCGUGGCCCUUCGUCGUUGAUCCACCAGAUAAUCCACCGUGGGAGUCAGCCUUGCCAACGGGUGAGAUGUUGAGAAUCUCUGCGCCACCUCCACCUCCAUUGCCCUCUGCCAUGGUACGAAUGGUCCUGGGUCUACUCACCACACAUCAAACGACCCUGGCAUCAGCCGCAGCGCAGUUUAUUAAACGAUAUCUCAUUAUUUACUUUCUGCGCUCCCGACCCCAAAAACUUAUUCUACUUGAAUCAAAUAAUUGUGCGGUAGAAAAUGAAAGUCAGACUGACAACGUGGGCUUUAUUAGUGAUCCCGGCAUGGAUUGCUUGUCUUCUGAUGAGAAUUUCACCCGACACAAUCAUGUACCUCGUCUCUUGCGAGGAUACCCAUACUUAGGACCGUCGAAGACGUGGCCUGACCCCAUCUACUCCCCAGCUUACCCCAUCUUCUCCCCUGAUGACGACAGUCAGUUAGUGACUUCCGAAGUUGGCUGGCUCGAACCCCACCCACAAAUGGACUUUUCGCUGUUCUCACCAGCUGACAUACUUGAAUUACGCACAGGUCUCAUGGACACUGCCAGGCACAUGGCGUCCCGCGAGUUCUGGUCCGUCCUCAGCCACCAGUUUCUCCACUUCCACCGAUGUGCAGACAGCAAUCUCGUCUCUAGCUUUCAUCGCCUUCUCUCAAUUGUCGCCAACUGCUUCGGUCCGCGACCCCUCCUGGAACGCCUCGAGGGCUACAUCAUGUCACUGAUUAAACCGGCAUUGAUGGGCAAUGCAGAUGGGAUUGUGGAGUUCGUGGGACCAACUUUGGCAGGCCAUGCAGCCACGGUUCUUGCUGUUGGUUCACUGUCAUGGCCCCGGGAGGCUCGGCUCGCUGUCCAUUCGUGUACCCUGCCCCGCGUUCUUGUGGCUACCGAGGCGGCGGCACUGUUUGCCUCAACACGACCCACUGGUCGUUCGGUGAAUGAGGGUCUGCACCAUGCUCUGGAAAAUGUCCGAUUUGCCUCGGUCACUGCUGCUUUCGGCAAUGGGGGUGGAUCCACUCCAGCCUCGCCUGAGUCUGUCACUUCACCUGACGACGCGAUGUAUCCGACUGACGUGGCAGAAAAGGACCGCCAAAUGCUCCGAAUCGUCAGGGAGAACCGACGCUGUUAUCGUCUCAACGACAACAUCGUUCAUGGGCCACCAGUGUCUGGAAUGAAAGUUGAUUGUGGAGGUCCAAAAGUGCGUUUGCCCUUCACGUACUCCAAUUUUAUUCCGAAGUACUUGGACUUCGGUGGCUCCCACUCAAACUAUCUUGCGUACCUAUGGAAAUUCGCUCGCGCCCUCAUGCUAGAUGCCAAUGAAAUACUUUCAGAUGAACCAAUUGAUGGCUUCAAACUGCAGCCACCCAAUCACGCAGGCGAGCCAAUGGACUCGGAGUCUUCUCACACGAACUUGCCCUGCACUCGAGUUUGCGAUUCGCACGUCCAUCCCAUCCCAGUGUAUGGCGAAUGUCCCCUUUGUUUUGCCCGUCGGCUUCUCCCUUCAACCGCACAGCGUCGUUUCUUUUUUCUAAACCUCACCCUCUCAAUGGUCCGCACGCUCCAUUGGAGUGCCCCGCGUCUCAUUGCACAAAUCUACUACUCGAAUCGUAGUGAGUGGGAGCAAAUGGCUUGUAGCUCCUCCUUGUGGACUCGGGAGAUGGCAACUUAUUUCUCGUUCAUGCAAGCCGGCUCUAGAUUCGAGUCAGUGACAAUGCAGGCAGAGCCAAUUCUGCGGAUAUACGAAGGAAGCGACCCUCCAAAUCCUGUGGAGCAUAGGGUUCUGGCACCGUUGGCAUCGAGAAUGACGUCGCAUUUGGCCAUUUCUGCACUUAAUGAGGUGAACUCAAAGGCCGCAGUGGGACAGGACUUUGUUAUGCGAAGGUUCAUACCACUUCUGGUGCGUGAUUCCAUCGCAAUGUUAUUAAUCCGAGGGAUCCAGCCCUCUGCGCAGUGUUUUGCCCUGCAAAGCAAGUUUCUGGCAAGUGCGGCUGAUCAUCUUACUCCCGCUACACCGUUUGGCAAUCUUUAUCUUGCCGCAGUACUUCCAGUGGGUUACUUGAAGCGUUUUGUUUCUCCACAGGAACUGGUCGGCUGUUCCUCAGGCGUCAAGCGGCUGGUCUCCCAACAACUCGAGGCCCGUCUAAGUAGCCUCUAUGUCUUCCUUUCCCAUGUUCUUAUGAAGGCCUUCCCAAGUAAUCCCCCCGCAAACUCGAGUUGUCCGUCGCGCUUCUCUAUGUUUCUCCUUCUCACACCCCUGAUAGCGGAUCUAGUCUCAACCAGCAACUUCUUUUGGACCAACGGUAAAUCGGGGCUAAAUAGAAACCCCGGGGAUGCGCAGAGUUUCGACGAUCUCGAGGUGUGCAUUGGCCGCGCGAUUAACGAUUUCGGUUGUCUUGUCUGCACUGGUCACACGCAAACGGACUUGUCUUUAGCGCAGGCUAGUCAGCUACUAGACAUAAUUGGAGUUUUCCUAAGCCAUUGGUCGUGGAAAACGCGGGCAUUUGGAAUGCAUUUCAUGAAAGUGGUAGCACUCUGCAACGCGACGGCAUUUUGGAGACGUGAGGCUGGUGGGGAAGAACUCUGUUCCCGAAUAAAGCAGAAACUGACAAGAGCACUGGCGGAUCCGUGGGUUGAGGUGGCCCGUGGUGCUUGUGAGGCGGUCGCCAUCCUUUUGCGGUAUGGCAUACUACAGUUCGAAGAGCAGUGGUGUCAAGAAUUGGCGGGGCAGGCGCGUUUGCCGUUGUGUCGCAGGCCAGGACCUUUUCAGGUAAGCACUGAAAAGGAUCAGAUGGCCCUGAGGAGACGUCACGCAGGCGUCCUAGGCUUGUGCGCCUUUAUCAACGCUAACAUCCACGAAACGCCCGACUACCUACCAAAGGUGAUUGCGGAGGUUGCAGGCUACGCCAACGACCCCCAACCCAUCGCCAAGUCCGUCUCCGAUACCCUUAUGGCCUACUCCCGCACCCAUCACGAACGCUGGCACGAGGAGCGACACAAAUUCACCGCAGCACAGCUAGAUGCGUACCUCUCUGUUGUUUCAUCGGUCAGCUACUACGUGUGA